UGAUUUCGUAAAUAAUCUAUUCCAAACAUGCUUUUCUGCUAAUAAUUUCUUUGUAUUUUAUAUAAGCAAAAACGUAAAUCUGGAGAUCUUGCGUUUUUGCAAUUUUUCCGCAUAUUUUUUUUAUUAGUAAAAUUUUUGAGUUUUUAUGUUUUCCACCAUUACAGCAUUCAACAAGUGUUACCAAUACCAUUCAACCCCUUUGUCUAAAUAUCAGGACAAUAAAGGGAAGAGGAGUUUACCCUGGCGGAUGAUUAUGCGCAGCGGUGAGAAUCGAUCGCCUGAGAUUUCGGUGACGGAGGCAGAGAAAUCGUAAUCCGGUGGUGAGAAACAAACUACGAGGCUGAUUUUACCCUGACGGAUGAUUAUGCGCAGCGGUGAGAAUCGAUGGCCGGAGAUAGAGAUAUCAGAUCCGCGUGAUGCUAUCAUAGUUUUGAAACUGUGUUUAAACAGACACACAUAUAACAAAGUCAGAGGAAGUUGAAGAAGAAGAGAAGGGAAAUCUUCAACACAAACAAAAAUCUGAUUGCAAGAAGAGAAUUCAAUCAACUUAGAUAUCUCACUGUUCGUCUUCUAUCUAUCCAUCAACAUUGUGUAGUGCCUUUAUGAGAUCCAACAAUGAACCAGAGAACACGUCAAAUAUCAUCGGUUAUCUCUCGUUGAUGCAAGACCAUAGUGACCGUGACAUGAUCCGUCUCGCCUUCUGUCUAGAUUCCGUGAUGCGUUCCAUGAUCAACUGUGUUACACGAAGAGAAAUAGAAGAUCUGAGAAGAAGGACAUUGUUUAUUAUCUAUGAAAUUGUUGUGGCGUGUAGUUUUGUAUACGGAAGUGCAAAAGCCAAAGAAAUCAAGCAAGAAAGCGGCUCAAAGGAACACAAGAAGAGCAUAAACAACAGCAACAUGGAGACACCGAAGAUUGAUCCCUUGCUAUCAAUCAAUGCCGUUAAACCAUUAAUUUAACUAUUCCUUACAGUAGAUGAUUUCGAACAACUUUACCAUGACCCUUCUUAAUUUAACUAAUAGCUGAGUUGUUUUUAAAUUUUGUUUCUCUUUGAUCAUAUCUAUUUAUAACAACCAUUACAAAUAAUAAUAAUAAAAACAAAAAUAUAUUAGAAAAUGUGUUUAACUUUAAAUAAAAAAACCUCAAAGA